AUGUCGCGGCUCGCGGCAUCUCGAAUCGUUCAUGCCGGCAGAGGAAUAGGUGACGUGACUCCUUAUGGAAAGCGAAUGGAUCGCCUCAGCAGAAGGAUCUUUGGUGAAGUUGUUCGAGCUACCGAUGACAGGAGCAUGAAGGUAGUUCGGAUCAUGUCUGCAGAACCAAUUGAAACGAAGGAACAACUGUCUGUGAAAUAUUAUCCUAAUUUACCAAUGUUCCACUACCUCACCAAAAUGCUUCGAUUCCACGGCCUUUUCUUCGACGACCAUGUUGUAUUUCGGCAGGUACAAGAUGAGCUCAAAAUUCUACGUGGCAAAGUGGUAAGACCACCGAUUGGACAAGGAAAGCGAGCAUUGCUGAGAGGCGCGAAGAAGUAA